AUGUCUAGCCUCUUUGAAAACCCAAAUCUCUCAAAUACGGAUAACAUACCAAUCCCCUGCCCACCGAAGGACCAAGAGGUCAACCCAAAAGCCCCUCAAGCAUGCUCACCUUCUGGGUCCCAAUCCUUGGGCAUAGAGCUAUCUCUAUCAAGUGAGGAUGCUAGCCCACAGGUAAACCCAUUUCCUUGCACUACUUCUAAUUUCGUUUCUGAAUCCUCUAUUAGGAGUAAGGAAGGUGUGACCCAUGUUUUGCCAAGUGAGGUGAGGCCAGAAUCUUUGGUCACCACAGUACCAAUUGAACAAUUACCUCGUGGUGAGGGUAGAUUGAAACAAGCUACCUCCUGGAGCCAAGUUGUCAAGAAUGGAGUGGGCUUGGACUCAAAUUUUGGUGGAUCAGCUAAUCAUAAAGCCAUGUCCCUAAAAUUUGUUGAACCCAUUAGGGAUGCUCAAAUGAUUGUGGUCUCACCCCCGAGGGAUAUAGCAGCAAAAGGUUGCAAGGAGUGUGAAGCAUGCCUUUCUCAAGAGGAGAUUCUUGCUCCUACUGGGAAUGUGGUAAUCCAGACCUCUUCCACUCUUAAGGCUCCUGUUAACAUUACGACUUGCAAUAAGUUUGCUAGCCUUGUGGUGGACCUUUCUAAGAAGCAGAUGAAUAAAAUGGAGAAUUCAGCUUCCCUGGUGAAAAGCCUCCUAAGUAGCAAAAUGAAGAACAUUGAUGGAAUUCCAAUUGGUACAACUAGAAAGAAGAAACAAAAGCAAAAAUCUCCUAACCAAGGGAAAGUUGGGGUUCCUAAAGCCCAGGGUCAAGGUUUACCCAAACCUAAAUGA